CGUAGGUCGAUGAAUUUGAGCCAGUCACGAGACUUGAGCUUCAUAGAGGAGAACUCAUUUUAACAGAAAGUCCGAGUGUACAAGACGUAAACUCUUCUCAUAGUGCGUACAUGGUAGUUAAAUUUGAAAAUUAAGUAAUUAUUGUGGAAAUUUUCCUAAAGAUUUUUGAAAAUAUUCAAUUAAAUAUUCUCAUCGGACAGUGAUUCCGGCAAAUCCCCUGAUUUUGUGGCUUUUUUUGUGGUUCAAAGUUAACUGAGAAUAUUCUUCCUUUUAUUUGUGAAAAGUGUAGUAUAAUGUUUUUAAAAGAAAGGGCGUUUUUCGAGUAAGAAACGCAUUGAGUUGAGAGAUACAAAUUCUCGGCUCACUUGUUGGCGCUGUCGCUAAAGGCUUUAAAAUUUCAUUAGAACUUAACGGCGGAUUGUAUUCCCGUUUAAAAUGUCUCCCGUACAGUACGGAGUCAGCAGUUGCCCAUCAUGGCGAGAACUCAUCCUCGGAAACACUGAAAUCCUUGAAAGAGACACGCAGUAUAUGCCAUUCGGCAAUCAGUAUCGAUCACAAUCAAGACAAAUUUUUGCUUCAGCAGAAGGUCGAUCAAGAGGAAUUCUUCAUAAUACCAAGAGAGCACGGUUCAAUAAAUCCCUGGGCUCUGAUAGUCCCAAAAAACGAAUUAAACCCAUUAAACCACUGUAUGCAGGAAGAUCAUCUGAGUGCUCAGAGCCAAAAUAUGCAUUUAACAGGAUUGUCCAACAUGGCGACGGAUAUGUCCAUCAAUUCCGCCGCCAAACCCGGUCUCCAAAUAUUCGAUGUUUUGAAUCCAGCCAAUAUAGGUGAAGCGCUGAAUACACCGAUUAUGUGUAGAGACGCUGAAUUUAAUUUUACGUCGAUUUCUGAAGAAGAGUCGAUCAAUAUUACAAGCAACACAUCAACAACAUCAACUCAACAAAAAAGGUCCGCAAUAGGACACACGAUCUUGGAUAGUAAGGCGUCAACACAGUUUUGCAGUAACAUCAAAGACGAUACAAAUACCCAACAAAUGCUGUACCAGCAGAAAUCUCUGGCAAUGUCACCAAAUCCGUGGGGGGAGUUAUUUUUGGAUUGUCCUGCGAUGGAAUAUUCACCAAUUGAUCAGCAUAGCCCAGAAUCUCCAGUGAGUAUGAAAAACUCACCAUUGAUGCCCCUGGGCUUAUCUAACAAUUGCGAGACAUCAUAUUCGUGGUAUGUCGAUGGUGAAGAGCUAACGAUGCCAUUGUCACAAAAGGAAGAAACCAUGUGUCUUGCCAAUGCACAUCUUCAUAUCAGUCAGUCACACAAGUCGCCCAGUGAUCACUCAUACUCUAUAUCAAGAGAAACAAAAUUAAAACUGUGCGAGGAUUCAUAUGAUGAUUUUGACGAUGGUUAUAUUACAACGGACAAUAGUGUACUUUACAGAGAUACAAUGGUCAGUGAUGCUUCGAAAAUUGUCAGUUUUAUUGAUGAGGAUACCAAUUUGGAGACAGUGAAUAGCUACAAUGAAAUAUUGAUUAAGAAAGAAGAGGAUACAGUAGAUGAUAAUUAUAUGAAAUCUGGAGAAGUUGAUUUAAACAAAUUGUACUGUGAGACAAAAGUAACUGAUUCAGAAUUGGACAGCAUGGAAAGGUGCCAAUCAGUGAAACGAUUAAAUGAAACUGUGGAAAGGAUAAGCUGCUUAUCUACUAUCACGGAUGAUUUUAAAUUGUGUAACCCAAUAGAGGCGAUCAACUUUAUGAUACCUGAAAUUAAGGCACCUGCUAUUGAAGAAGUUCAGUCUUUUGAAUUAAGUGAGCAGAAACGAAGCGACGUUUCAAAUUCAAUUUCCACUGUACCUUUAAAGUUGACUAUUACCAGGACAAGUAAUAGGAAAGAAGAGAAAAAAAGCAACAGGAUGCGACACUACAAGAGUGAACUUUCAAAACUGAAUACUAAUCCAGUACCUGCCAAAGUGAAAUCUGUUUUAGAUUAUGAACAACAGCAGACGAUGAAUACCCCUGAUAUAAUUGAGGAGACUCUAAAUUUGGAGCAAAAUGAUUUUGACUUAAUAAAUUUCAUUUGUAAUCAGGAGAUAGAGGGUACUACUGCACUUAUUGCAACUCCUAUUCCAUCGCCAAAAUCACCUGUAGAUUUGCCAGACUCCCCUGCAACAGAAGCUUCUGUUUCGCCAUCUGUAUCAGAAAAAUCCAUUCAAAAACGAAAACGUUUGAGUGUAAGUUUAUAUGAGAAUCCAAGCAGUGUACAAUCCUAUCAAUCAAGUGUUGAUGAACCACAACCGAAGAAAAAGCGUGGACGUCCACCAAAAACACAUAGUUCACUACCCAGUCCGUCGCAGCUAGAAGGCUUGACAGAACAGGAUUUGCGAUAUUGGGAAAUGAGGAACAAGAACAACGAGGCAUCUCGUAGAUCACGACUUCACAGAAAGCAGAAGGAACAGAGUUUGGAGCAGGAAGCUGAGUCUCUGGUACGGCAACAUCAGCAUCUAGUAGCGAUGGAGAAUCGUUUGAAGGAAAAGGUGGCAAGAUUAGAGAUCAAACUGAAGGAAGCUAUUCAGUAAUACUUUAAAAUGAAAUUAUUACGCAUAUUUUGGAUAAUGGCUAGCUAUUACCAUUUUUUAACUCAACAUCUGUCAUUUCUUAAUUUAAUGUAAUUGAUUUAUAUUAUAAAUAAAUGUGCAUUCAUUUGAAA